AUGAAAGUCUUCCUGACUCUCCUGUAUUUGUUUGAGGGUUUCCUGCAGGCUGCAACUCAGAGCACCGUUCAGACCUCAGAGUUUCAUCUGAGAGGAGAUUAUUUGAUAGGUGGACUUUUUAACAUUCAUUAUGUCGCCGCAGCUAAUUUUCAAAGACCACAAGCCAUCGACUGCUCCAGUAAACUUUUCAUACUCCCAAAUUAUCGGAGGUUUCAGCUGAUGAGAUUCUCUGUGGAGGAAAUCAACAACUCCUCCUCCCUCUUGCCCAACAUAUCUCUUGGCUAUCAGAUGUUUGACCACUGCUCGGAUAUACACAGCUUUCCAGGGAUUUUCAAACUCCUCUCAGUCAAUGACUUGAUCCGACCCUGGGAAGACGCUUCCACGGGUUUGCCUAACGCGAUUGGAGUGGUUGGUCCUUUCACAAGCACUCAUGCCCUCUCCAUAGCCCCUAUUUUCAUGACAAAUCUCUUUCCUAUGGUCAGUUAUGGAUGCUCCGGCUCAGUGUUUUCCAAAAAAAAUCUUUAUCCCUCUUUCCUGAGAACAGUGCAUUCUAACAAAGAUGUUAUAAAUUCCAUUGUUGGGAUCAUACUGAACUUUAAUUGGCGCUGGGUUGCCUUCUUAUACAGUGAUGAUGAUUUUGGCAAAGAUGGGCUGGAGCAGUUUAAAAACAAGAUUGAAGACAGUGAAAUCUGCCUGGCAUUCUACAAAGCAAUCAACGUUAAUACAGAUUACCUACAAGUGUUCAAGCAGAUAGAGGAACAGAACAUAAAGGUCAUUGUUGUAUUUGCUCCAAAAGUCUAUGCUGAAGCUGUUGUUGAGUCGGCAGUUCAGCUGAACGUCACAAAUAAGGUGUGGAUCGCAGACGAUGGUUGGUCCUUGAACAAAAAGCUGCCGAGCAUGAAUGGAAUCCAAAAUAUCGGGACGGUACUCGGCGUGGCUCAACCAGUUGUGACCAUACCUGGUUUUACUGAUUUUAUCUAUUCUGCAAUAAGUCAGACAGACGGUGGAGACACAGAACAGAAAAUGUUUUGUAAUCAGAAGUGUAACUGCAGUAACCUGAGUGUAAAAACUCUUCUUAAUGCCGAUCCAUCUUUCUCUUUCCCCGUUUACGCUGCUGUUUAUGCCAUUGCACAUGCCCUACACAACACUUUGAGGUGCGGUUCUGACAGGUGCCAUAAAAAUAUUACAGUUCACCCACACAUGAUUCUGGAGGAGUUGAAGAAAUCCAACUUCACCCUGCUAAACCAAACUGUGCAGUUUGAUGAGAAUGGGGAUCCCAAAUUUGGAUCCUUGUCAGUAGUUUUCUGGAACAGCAGUGGGAAUGCAGAGGAAGUCGGCUCUUAUCAUUUUCAAUCAUCGAUCCAUCUCUCCAUCAAUAAGACCAAAAUUAAGUGGUUCACAAAUGGAGAGGUACCGACUUCAUUGUGUUCCCCAGAGUGUCCAGCCGGAUAUGCAAAAAAGCCAAAUGGAAUGCACAAAUGCUGCUUCACUUGUGAAAUCUGUAAAACUAAUAACUACGUAAAUAUUUCAGAAGAUCCCUUCAAGUGCAUCAGCUGUAAAGACACCGAGUGGGCUGCAGAAGGAAGUACAUCAUGCCUCCCAAGGCUGCUGGAGUAUGUGUCAUUGACAGACAUUGGUGCUGUGUUAACCAUGGUUUUGGAGGGGCUCCUGCUGGGCCUCACAGUAAGUGUGUCUGUUGUCUUCGCCAUCAACUACAACACACCUGUGGUCAGAUCCGCCGGAGGACCGAUUUGCUUCCUGAAUCUUGGUUGCCUCAGCCUGUGUAGCAUCAGUGUUUUCUUUUACUUUGGUGUUCCCACACCUUCUUCUUGUGUAUUAAGAUACCUUCCGUUUAUUUUGUUUUACACCGUCUGCUUGGCAUGUUUUGUGGUGCGCUCUUUUCAGAUUGUCUGCAUUUUCAAAAUAUCUGCACAAAUCCCCAACAUCCACAUUUGGUGGGUAAAAUACCACGGACAGUGGCUUCUCAUCAGCGCGGCGUUCAUGUUCCAGGCACUCUCACUUACCAUUAGCUUUUGCUGUGAUCCUCCACGUCCCUACAAUGAAAUGUUGUGGUAUCCAGAGCAAAUAAUACUCAGCUGUAACUUGAACAUUCAAGCAUCUUGUUUUUCUUUGUUUUUACUUGUGUCACUGUGCUGUCUUUGCUUCAUUUUCUCUUACAUGGCGAAAGAUCUCCCCAAAAAUUACAACGAAGCCAAAGCGAUAACUUUCUGUCUUCUCCUUCUCAUCUGCACCUGGGUCAUCUUUAUAACCGAGUACAUGCUUUAUCGCGGGAAAUACAUCCAGAUUUUUAAUGCUCUGGCAGUUCUAUCAAGUCUGUACUCUUUUCUGUUGUGGUAUUUCCUCCCAAAAUGUUACAUCAUUAUCUUUAAACCCGACAAAAACACACAGCAGUACUUUCAAGGCCUUAUUCAGAGUUACACCAAAACAAUUAGCCAGUAG